AUGGCCCUCCGGCUCCUUGCCGUGAGGACUUCGCUCACCUCGGAGACGGUCAAGAGCGAGCAUACCGGCAAGCCCGCAACAAGUGGGCUGCAGCGGGCAAGAAGCGCAAGCGACACGAAAGCAAGCAUGCUGAGCGAGAUGCAAAAGCUAUCCGAGUUCAUCCUCCUGAUGAGCAUGGAGGCAACAUACUCCGCUGUCGAGAAGGCUGCUGCAGCUAGCCUCGCGCUGAGUGAGCCGGCAACGCGAUUCAUGAUCGAGAAAACACGGUCACUGGCGGUGCAAUGGCGAGAUAGGGCAGCGUCGACCUUCCAGCAGGAGCAGGAUUCGCAAGUGUGCGCCUUGCUGUCGUCUGUGGCAUACUGCGACGAUGUUCAGCCGCCGCCGAUGCUAUCUCCGAAGCUCGCCACCCUUGCGUCAGUGCUUGCCGCCCCCAAAACAGUCGACAUCGAGGCCAGUGACGCAGAGCUGCGGGAGUACGAGGCGCGCCUGGACCGGCUGAGAGAGAAGCGUCGCGCGUCAGAGCAGCGCACGGCAGAGAGGAAGGCGGGCAUGCUGCCAGCCAGGGAGCCAGAGGCGGAGGCUGCGAGUCUCGAGUGCUAUCUUCGCGAGCGAGAGGAGCGAGAGAAGCUUCGGGCGCUCAAGCAACUCCCCGGCGAACCGCUAGACGACUACAUCGCUGCCUUCCGCGCAGCGCAAUCGUGA